ACUUGUGUUGUUGCCUAUUUUUUGUAAUUAAAUUUUGGAACACGGGUUUGAUAUUUUAUUCAAACAUAAGUUUUAUAAGUAACUUUAUAAACAAUAGGAUUACCUUGUGUUUUGGUUAACUUAAAAAGUUUCGUAGUAACUAGAUAAAAUGGAAGGUGCCUAUAAAGAUAAAUAUUCAUUUAUUGGGGAAUGGUACGAUAAUCAAGCUAGUCUCAUUCGCCGGUUCAAUAUUUUCUACUACCCUACUGACGACACGGUUGAAAUGUACGACCUAAAGAAUAGAAAGACUUUCCUGCGGAGAGUCAAAGUAAAUGGUGUUACUCUAGACAGUUUUUUCAUUGGAUCCACAUUUCCAAUAUUAGGGCGAUUGGUAAAAAUUGUUGACUUUGCAUGUGAAGACACAAGAAAGAAAUUAUACAAGGAUGUGCAAAUAACAUUUGCAUUCAUCAAACCAAUGCCCACUAACAUAGCUGGCAAGAUUAUAACGCAUCUCCAUGAGAAGGGCAUGAAAAUAACUAAGAUGAAGAAAACAACCUUUGCUGUUGAUGAUAUAAACUUUCUUUACCGUAAGCAGCUGACUGAUGCAACAUUUCCAUUCCUUUUAGAAUAUCUGACUGGGCAGCAAGUGUAUUGUUUAGAACUUGUGGGCAGAGAAUCUGUGACUGCAUGUAUCAAAAUCCUUGGACAUAGGGACCCUUUGAAAGCAGAGCCUGGCUCUAUCAGGGCAUUGUAUGGAACUGAUGCUGUAAGAAAUUGUGCACAUGUUUCCCCCACUCCUGAGGCUGCAGUAGAGGAUUUGGAUUACGUGUUUCCACCGCCCCCUUUAUCUUCUAUACGUCUUCGGUUGACAGCUACUCUGUCCAACUGCACCCUAUGUAUAGUGAAGCCACACGCAAUACGCGAGGGAAAACUAGGGACAGCCUUGGAAGCCAUUGACGAGGGGGGCUUCAAUGUUACAGCGCUAAAUAUGUUUAUGGUUGAGAAUAUCAAUGCUGGGGAAUUCUUUGAGGUGUACAAAGGCAUCGUUCAAGAGUACCAGGGUAUGGUGGAAGAGUUGGCCAGUGGUCCCUGUGUUGCCAUGGAACUCGUUGCCAAAGACAAGAACCUUAACACAGCUGUGGAAUUUAGGAAAUUGGUCGGACCUACAGACCCGGAAAUUGCCAGGUUACUACGCCCUCACACCUUAAGAGCGAAGCUGGGAAAAACGAAAGUGCAAAACGCAAUCCACUGCAGUGAUUUGGCCGAGGAUGGUUUGCUAGAAGUUGAAUAUUUCUUCAAGAUUUUAAAUCUUUGAAAGCCUGAUUAGUCUCUGAGACUUAUCCGUGAAACCGAAAACCUAAUAGUCUUUGAGUAAACCACUGCCAUA